AUGGAGGGAAGCAAACUAUAUGUGAGCAAGGAAUGUAUGCCGCUUAAAAUUUUAAGAGAUACAAAAGCAAAUGAGGAAGAAAGAGUUGAUGUAUUGGAUAAGUUUGAUGAUGAGAUUUUAGAAAAUGAAUAUUCGAGUAGAUUAGAAAAGGAGUUAAUAUUAAAGAAUAAAAAUUUUAAUAGAGAUGUAAAUUUAUUACAAUUAAAUUAUGGUGGUAAUUUGAUUAAAAACAAAGCUAUAUUAUCUAAACGAAAUGUUGUAUAUUUGAGUAGUCAUAGUUCUAUAUUAUUAAUUGAUUUAAAAAAGAAAAAGAAAAAAAGAAUUGUGUUAUCAUUUGAUAUAGAUAGGAUAUUUUAUUUUUAUGAUAAGAAAUAUAAAGAAGAAUAUUUAAUUAUAAAAGGAAUGAAUAAUUAUAUUUAUAUAUAUCGUAUUAGUAAAAAUAAGUAUGAAUUUGUUAAGAAAUUUUUUAUUAAAAAUUUAUUCUAUAUUAAUAGUUUUGGAAACAAUGGAGAAUUGUGUUUUGCUACAUGGGAAAUAAAUCAAGCGAAAAUGUAUACAAACUUUUUUCUUCUUAGAUUUAUAUUUGAAUAUGAAUCUUAUAUGUCUGAAAAUUAUCCUAAUAAUCUAAAAAAUAAAAAUGAUAUAGAAAAAGAAAAAUAUAUAAGUACAUUAUUAAAUCAUCAUAUAACAUAUUCAUAUGAAUCAGACUCAGAAUGUAAUUUUGAUAAUAAAUAUUUUCCAUCAGAGCUCUAUAUGUCUGAGUUAUCAGAUAAUGGAUUUGAAUACAAUAAUAAUAAUAAUAAUAAUAAUAAUACAUUAAGAAAAAAUCCAAAAAAUUAUGACAAUAAUAUGAAUAAUAUAAUAAAUGAUGAUAAGCAAAAAAAUUAUAAUCAUAGUAAUAAUAAUAUAGAUAUGAAUAAUGAUUAUAUUCAUGUCCUAGCUAAAUUAAAAAUCAAACCUAUUUUAAAAAUUAAAUAUAUUUAUUUCUCCAUGAUAGAUUUAAAUAAGAAAUUAAAUAAAUUAGUAUUAUCAAAUAAUAAUAUAAUAAUUAUAUAUGAUUUAGAAAGAAGGAGUUAUAAUAUCAUAUCUUUUAGAAAUUAUAUUUCAUCCAUAAAAAUAAGUGAUGAUAAUUUCUUAGCGGUAGGUUUUAUAAAUGGCUAUAUCCAUGUUAUAUUAUUUGAAGAGCUACUAUCGAAUAAUGAAAACAAUAAAAAUAAACAAUAUGAAAAAAUAUUUAAUAGUAUGAAACCGUUUCAUAUGUAUCCUGGAACGGAUUCUUUAAAAACGGUCUUUCCUUAUAUAGGGGCAUACGAGGUGGACUAUAUGAGUGAUAAUAAUAAUAAAAACAAUACAUAUAAUGAUUGUAAUAAUAAAUACAAUACAUAUAAUGAUUAUAAUAAUAAAAACAAUACAUAUAAUGAUUAUAAUAAUAAAUACAAUACAUAUAAUGAUUAUAAUAAUAAAAACAAUACAUAUAAUGAUUGUAAUAAUAAAUACAAUACAUAUAAUCAUUAUAAUAAUAAUAAUAAUGAAGAAAGUCAUGAAGUCAAACUUCCUCCUCUUCUGAACAUACCUUAUAUUAACUUUGAUUUUAAUAAAAAUAAAAUUAUUAAUAUUUACAAAUUUCAUCUUAUAAAAUAUAAAUGGCACUCGCAUUCUGUAUACAACCUUGAAAUUGACGGAAGGAAAAUUAUUUCAUGGGGUGAAGAAGCUGUUAUUUUAUUUUAUGAUAUAGACAAAGCAUCAUAUGAAUUUAUUUCACAUUUAGGAUUUCCAUGUUAUUAUAUAUAUUUGAAUAAAGAAAAAAAUCUUAUAAUUUGUAAUUCUUUAAAUAAUUCUCUCAUAUUUAUUAAUUAUAAUCAUCGUUUGUUUUUCUAUAAAUAUAAUGGUAUCAACAUGCCUUUGUCAUUAAAAAAUUUAUUUUAUCAUUAUACAAAUGUAGAUUUAAAUAUUAAAAAUAGUAUGAAUCUUUUUAUGAGUCAAAUAAAUGAUGAAUAUGACUACACAGGAAAUAUAAAUGAUCAAACUAUAAGACGUGAAUUUUAUAAAAAUGAACAUACAAAUAACAACCUUUUUAAUAAUACUAUGUAUGAUGAUAAUAUCAAUAACUUUGCCAACUGCCAGGAAUAUUCAACAGAAGAUUCUAGUGAUGAAUCAAGUAAUGAAUCUAAUGACCUUUCCGAAGUAGAAGAUAUUAUAUCAAGCAAUAAUAAAAACAAAAAUGAAUUUAUAAAUGAAGAAACAAAUAAAUAUGAUGAUCAGGAUAAUAACAGAAAUGAAUUUUCUAAGCAUCAUGACGAAGAUAACGAAAAUGUUGAUGAUAAUAAAAAGAUGGUGAAUAUAAAAAAACGUAAAAAAGAGAAAAGAGAUGUAGUAAAUCUUCUUAGUUUUCGAUACAUAGAAAAAGAAUUAGAAAAGAAACUUUUUAAAAAUAGUAAUGUUGAAAAUAAUUUAUAUAAAAAAUAUCAAAUGUGUUUUUAUUGUGAUUCAAAUAAAGGAUUAAUUUUUUGUUUUCUAACAUCUUUUUCUCAUUUACAAUUAUAUAAUAUAGAAAAAGAUAAACAUGAAAAAUAUUUAUGUUCUUUAAAUAUGACAUAUAAAAGUAGAACAAAUAUUGAAAAAGUAAAUGAUAUGGAAUUAAUAUUUUUUUGUUUUAAUCAUAAUAGAAAUUUAUUAAUGACGAUCGAAAAAAGAAAUUACCUUAUGCCCAACUUAUUAGAUUCUUCAUCACCAAAUUUAACACAAAAAAUAUAUACUAUAAAGUUUUGGUUACAUGACAAAGAUUUGGAUUAUAAUAAUAUAUAUGAAUAUGCCGUUCCUUGUAAUAUGAUAACUUAUGACGGACAAGAAACAAAUGAUGUGUUUAAAGCUAUUCAUGUAAAUAUUAAUAAAACAGUGGAUGAUAUAAAUAUAUGUGCCGAUGAUAAUAUAUAUGAUAAUGAUAAUAUAUGUAAUAAUGAUAAUAUAUGUAAUAAUGAUAAUAUAUGUAAUAAUGAUAAUAUAUGUAAUAAUGAUAAUAUAUAUGAUAAUAAUAACAUAUGUAAUAAUAAUAACAUAUGUAAUAAUAAUAACAUAUACAAUAAUAAUAACAUAUACAAUAAUGAUAUAAUUUCUGGUGAGCAUGAGAAAUAUCAAAUGAUAAAAAGUCAUCCAUUUUUAAACAUGUUCCUAUUAUUUGAAACAAAUGGAAAUAUAAGUAUAUGGUGUUUUGAUAAGUCUGAAAAAAUAUUUGAUGAAUGUAUCUAUGAUGAUUAUGUUGUAGAUUGUGUGGAGAUGGUUACAGAGAAUAUAAAAAUUAUGGAUAGGAUGAUAAACGAAAUGAAUAAUGGAACAGAUAUUCAUAAUAUCUAUAAAAAAAAUAAUAAUGAGCAUGCUCUUGGAUUGUCUUCAUUAAACAAUAAUAAUAAUAAUAAUAAUAAUAAUAAAAGCGAUGGUGAAGAAAAUAAUAAAAAGAAUUUUUCUAGCAAUAUAAUUACUAUUAUAAAAAAUAUUAAUUAUAACAAUAAUAUUAUUUUAAAUGGUGAUGUUAGUUCAGAUGGGAAAAUAUUUUGUUUGUGUCAUGAUAAAUUUUUUACCAUAUGGGAUACAGUAACUUUAAAAACAUUAGCUAUUAUUAAACAUCCUUUAUAUACAUCAUUAAACGAACAUAUAUUUAAUUUAUAUAAAGGAAUUGAAGUAAUAGAAUCACAAUAUAAUACAUAUAUUUUAUUUUUUUCUUUCGAUACAAUUUUUAUAUAUUCUCUUGAACAGUUCCAUUUAAUAUAUCAAGAAAAAUUUAAAGGAAUUAUAGAAUAUGUAAAAUUUGAUAAAUAUACAAAUAAAUAUGUAGCUAUAGGUAUAACAAAAAAAUCAAAACAGAAAAAUAAUCAACUAAUACAAAAAAAUUAUAUUUAUGAAUUUAAUGAAAAUUAUUUAAAAAGAAAAAAAUUAUUCUAUUCUACUACACAAAGUCCAAUCUUAUUAGUAGAUUUUGCUCCAUUCAAUAUUUUAAAAAAUAAAAAUUUAAAUCAGCAUCAUAAAUCAACAAUAUUAGUUUCUUUAAAUUCCAAGUUUCAAGUACACACAUUUUAUAUUAAUAAUUAUCCAAAUUUUUUAAAAUUAAACUGA